AUGGCCCGACGCCUGCCGGGGCUCCUGUCCGGUCUGCUGUUGUUCGGCCUUCUCGCCGGCAGCUUCGUGCGGGGAGUUGUCUUCGAGGACCAAGCCGGGCGCUUUGAAUGGGCCCGGUCAUUUGUGGGUCGCGUUGACUUCGCGACAUUCACACCGCACUCGUUGGUGGUCGCCUCGACCGGCGGCGUGGUCGCCGCCCUGCCACGCGCCACCGACUCCCCGGCUAUCCUUUGGCGACAUGUGCUUGACACGUCGGAGCAUGUCGUUGCGCUACACACGGCGCGGGUCCUUCGCCGAUCUGCCAGCAAUGAGCUCACCGCCGAGGAGGGCUCCUUCGUGGCCACGGUAUCGGAGCCGGCCGGCGCCGGGCGCCUCGUCUGGCGGGCGCACCGCACCAGCGACGGGGUGGUCGCCGCGUCACGCCCCCUGCUGGACCUGGAGCUGGACUUGCCGCCAGCCAGCACCAAGGCCACCUUGCGCCAGGUUGGCCAGACCCUGUGGGUAUCGCGCCCGCAGGAUGCCCAGUGCUUUGCCAUCGACGUCGAGGUGGGCACCGUGAGUGUGACCCCCUGCAGCCAAGUCCCCCUCGAAUCCCCCACCGCCACCGAUCACUCGUUGGCCGGCGGCUUGGACCUCAUCGAUGGGGACCUUGUGACUGAGGCCACCCCCUGCGCCGGUGUCCCCAACAUCAUUCACAUUCCGGGCCACUCGCCGGGUGCCAUUCGCCAAUUCUGGCAAGACCCGGCGGUCGACCGGUCGCUGCUGCUUCAGCAUGUCGACGGGACCCUGGCCUACUUCCACCGGCCGAACAUCGCCGGUCCCGAUGUCACCGAGGCCAUCGGCCACGCAGCUUGUAUUGCCAACCUGCAUGGGCUCACUUGGUCUCGGGCCGAGGGCCUGGUCAUGGCUCCGGUGUCGCACAUGCUGCUGGAUAUGCCCGGGGCGUCCGGUACCGUGGACGCCCCCCAUCGGGCUGACGUCCAUGCGCCCGCGUCGGGCGGUCUCGCCGGGGUGACUCGAGCCAUUCUCACACGCUGGGCCAGCGACAUCCGCGGCCUGGCGGCCCUCUUCCGGCAGGCGGCCGGCCUUGGCGUCACCCUGCCUGAGACCCAGCUGAAGGCCGAUCCGCUUGGCGUGCACAAGCUCUUGGUUAUCCUGAAUGCAUAUGGGAGGAUCUUCGGCCUGGCCUCCUCCGAUGGGUCACUGCUAUGGCAGGGAUCCCUUCCUCUGGCCGGCCCGGCUGGGCACCUGGCCGCCGAUGGCCGACUCCCUCCGGGCCUGGAUUCGACCAGUCAGCUGUCCUGCGUGCCCGAAGACCUGCGUGCCACGCACCAGCAAGCCGACGAGGCCACGAUCUUCCUCCGGUGCUCGGUUGCCGAUCGGGCCGAGGAUCUGGGCCUCUUGCAGAGGAUUAGCUUGUCCACUGGCGCAUUGGCCGGCCCGGGCGAGAUCAUUCCCUUUGUGCCGGUCCACAUCAUGACGAACCCCCUGCUGGCGGUGGCCGAGGCCGGCGCCAGCCGCCAGGCCGAAUGGCUGCUCGUGGCCCCUGGAGCUGCGUCGGCCAUGACGGCGCCAGCCGGCCGGCCCUUGGUCGCCGGGGGACAAGGUCCCGACUUGGAGCAUCGUUUUUUCCUGGCGGACCAUGAUGCCAAUACCGUGACCGGCUAUGGUCUCCGCUGCCCGGCCAUGGGCGGGCCGUUGGACCGGCCGGCACAGCUAUGGCGCCAUAAGCUGACGGACGAUCGCGAGACGCUGGUCACCGUGGCGGCCCAUUCGCCCGGGGAUAUGCCUGCCUCCAUUGGCCGCAUCCUGCCCGAUCGCAAUGUCCUCUACAAAUAUCUGAACCCGACCGCCGUGGCCAUUGUCUCGCGCGAUGCGUCGGGUGUCCUUUGCGUGCGGCUGGUGGACGCCUUUUCCGGGCGCCAAGUCUUCUACCAAAAGCGCGAACGUUCUGCCAGUGCCUCCUCCGUUCAGGCUCUCCUCCGAGAGAACUGGCUCAUUUUGACGUAUUCAGCGGCGCCGGGCGGCGAGCCAGCCAUCGAUCAGCACCCUCGCUCCGAGGGGCUCAUCAAGGUGGAUGUCCUGGAGUUCUUUGAAUCGUCGACGCGCAAUGCCCGUGGUGACCCGACCACCGGCCUCGAGGGCAUCCUGCCGCACGCCGAGGAACACUCCUUCCUCCUGCCAUACGCCUUCUCCCCGGCUGGCGUUGGUGAUGGGGAGGCGCUGCAGCUGGCCUCCUCGGUCACGCGUCACGGAAUCACCAACCGCCAAAUUGUCUUUGCCCUGCCCCAGGGGUUUGUCCUGUCGCUGUCGCGGCGGACGCUGUCUCCGCGGCUGGGCACCGCCGGCACCGCCGGCGCCGACACCACGGCCCCGGCAGCGGCGUCCGGUCCCCGGCCACCGACGCUGCUCUCGCUGCGGGAUGAGCACCACCGGAUUUCGCUGAACCACGCGGUGCCGCGGCCGCACGCCUGCACCUCGGUCGGGACGCAGCUCGAGUCCACCAGCAUCGUGGCGGUCCUCGGCGGACUGGACCUCUUCGUCACGGCUCGACUGAGUCCGGUUCAGCCCUUCGACACCCUGUCCGGCGAGGGGGGCGGUCCCUUCAGCAAGUCCACCGUGGCCAUCACCGUCCUGGCCCUGGUGCUGGUGAAUGUGGUCUUGUCGCGAGCGUCGGCCCGACGUGCGCUCCAGCGCGCCUGGGCCUAA